CACUUGGAGUCGGUUUCCUGGAGUUUCCUAAUGGAAGAAAAAACGCAGAAGGUUCCCAACCAUGAUCGUCCACUGAAUCCAGAUUGCCUUUUCGAGAAACGUCCGCCGCGGUUCCACGCUCACCUCAUCUGCUCCCAGGCCUCCGCAGAGAUAAGGGCACUGGCUUUCUAUUAUAUUAUAAUACUGCUCUUAGUGGAUUUCUGGAUUGUGGCGAUCGAUCUAAUAGGAUUCUAGGGUCAUCGCGGAAGGAGAACCCGCGUUGAAUUCUUCCACGCUCGUCUUAUAAGGCUGGAUGAUUCCACCCAACCUCAGCCGCGUUCUGAGCAUAGGCAUUUCCACCUCCAUACUCCUCAAUGUCCACGCUACCUAGUAGCACGCUAGCGGAAGGCACUGACACAGCACUUUCAGGUGCAUAUAAACUAACGGGUCCUCUGUUGAUUGGCUGCUUCUUGAACCUCAUUUUAUACGGCGUUCUGUGCACUCAAGUCUAUAUAUACUACAUCUCAUUUCCAAAGGAUCGUUUGGCGUCCAAGGGCAUUGUAUAUGUUCUCUGGUUCACCGAGACACUUCAGACUAUCCUCAAUGCCUAUGUCAUUUUUGACAUCUUCUGUUUCGAUUUUGGGAACUUUCCUGCCCUUGAUAAAGUCAAUCUCACCUGGUUCUCCGUUCCUAUUCUUUCUGGAUUAAUUGGCUGUAUUUCUCAAUUAUUUUAUGCCUGGCGAAUGUAUGCGUUUAGUAAGAAGGCACCAUGGUUAAGUAUGAUACUUUCAGUGAUCGCCUUUACUCAAUUUGCGGGUGCCAUCGCUUGUGGCAUUCAAGCACGGAGAUAUGGCUAUUUCUCAGAUCUUUAUGCGAAAGCCAAGGUGCCUAUACUGGUGAGUAAGUCGUCACUGUGUCUUCCCUUCUACCGACUACUCGCAGGUGUGGUUGAGUGCGAGCGUUUUGUGUGAUGUUGCCAUCGCACUAUGCAUGACUUACCAUUUAAAUCGAGCUGCUAGUACUGGCCUCAUGUCUACUCGCGUACUUGUUUCUAG